AAGCAGCCACCAUCGUCUUACAUACCUACAUCCUGCAUCUCACAAUCAGCAAUGGACAUACACGGUCUUAACAGUGUUUCACCUUUUCAUGACUACGGUGAUCCAGCUGAAGCCUGGUGAUUCUCGAGGUGAAAGGCUUCGUGAUGCGGAUUUUACGACUAUCUCCUCAGUACCCUAGGUCAAUGCUGAUGAAUCCACGUCGAUGUUCAAGGCCGAAGAUCGUGAAUUAUGGUCUCAUCAAUUCGCGCUCAGAGCAACAUCUCCAAUGUUGACAGCAGCACUAGACUCAAUCAUACCACAACACUCAGCUCCCUUCAAAGCAACCACUAUUCACAAUGUCUGGUUUCCCCGUUCCCGCUUCUCUUCAGAAGAGCCUCGACGCCACCAAGGUCGAAUAUGUAACCCUGGGAACCUCUGGUCUCCGCGUUUCCGUUCCAGUCCUGGGCGGCAUGUCCCUCGGAUCCAGCGCGUGGGCGCCGUGGGUGCUGGACGAGGAGGCAUCGCUCGAGAUCCUCAAGGCCGCCUACGACCGCGGCAUCAACACUUGGGAUACCGCAAACAUGUACUCCAACGGCGUCAGCGAGGAAGUCAUCGGCAAGGCCAUCAAGAAGUUCAACAUUCCCCGCGAGAAGAUCGUUCUCAUGACCAAGUGCUUCAUCUACGUGGGCGAGGAGACAAACCUCCACACGACCAUGUUCCCCAACGAAGUGCGCCAGAGCAAGGACUACGUCAACCAAGGCGGUCUCUCUCGCAAGGCCAUCUUCAAGGCUGUCGAUGACGCCCUGGCCCGCCUGGGGACGACCUACAUCGAUCUCUUCCAGAUCCACCGCUUCGACCCGACGACACCCAUUGAAGAGACCAUGAAGGCCCUCCAUGACCUCGUGGAAGUCGGCAAGAUCCACUACAUCGGCGCCAGCUCCAUGUGGGCCACCCAGUUCGCGCGCAUGCAGUUCGUCGCCGAGAAGAACGGCUGGACCAAGUUCGUCAGCAUGCAGAACUUCUACAACCUCGUCUACCGCGAGGAAGAGCGCGAGAUGAACCGCUUCUGCAAGGAGACGGGUGUCGGUCUUCUGCCCUGGUCGCCCCUCUAUGGCGGAAAGCUGGCGCGGUCUGUCAAGGCCGAGAACACCAGCAUCCGAUCUCAGGGCAAGGGUCCGAUGAAUCCUGAUCUCAGCGAGGCGGAUGAGAACAUCAUUCGCAGGGUCGAGGAGAUCGCGGAGAAGAAGGGAUGGAGCAUGAGCCACGUCGCGCUCGCUUGGAUCCGGUACAAGGGCGGGGUUCCUAUCACCGGCUUCAACUCUGUCAAGAGGAUUGAUGAGGCAUGCGAGCUGCGUGGCAAGACUCUGACGGAUGAGGAAGCCAAGCACCUAGAGGAGCCUUAUGGCCCCAAGAACAUUAUUGGCCAUGACUAGACAUUCACGUAGCAACUCACCAGUAGCACUCAAUUCCAUGUAUUUGCUUUAGCAGAUGAGGCGAG